AUGAGAGCCUACCAGCUACUUGCUUUAUUGACGGUGUCGGCGUCUGCUGUCCCCCAAGACACCAAACGAGCUCUGCUUGAAGCAAGACUCGACCUCCCAGCUGGUAUCACUGAUGGCCUUGAAAUUGACACCGACAUUAUCGGCAAGACUGUCCCGAUUAUCCGCAGGGAGCGGGCCGGUGUCUGCGAUCCAGCCGGAUGGAGCGAGGAACCCAAGAAGACGCCGUCGGAGCAGACAGGUCCUGGAGAAGACGACGGCAAGGAAAAGGGAAAGGGAAAGGGCGGAAUUACGGGCCAGAAAAUCAUCGAGAGCAAGUUCCUGCAGUUCCUCGCCGAGCUGGACCCCGAGUUCAUUCGCCCCCUUGUUGAGGCCGUCCAAUCUGGAGAAAUCACCGUCUCGGAUAUUCAGCUAGCCUUUAAGCGCUCCCUGACGGACACCAUGGAAAACCGCUAG